AUUCUAUAUACGUUGGUCUUUGGUUUUGACACGGAAACAAAGUUUACUAGUCCACCAUGGCUGACUGGGCUGACUUUAUCACUUUUCCAAGGAAGGAGACAUGUCACAUAUUUGUGAAAAUGCAUCAAUGAAAUUAAGAAUUGUUCAGGGAUGUGGUCGAAGCAAACAGCUUCCUACUAGUUAAUUCUCCUCCAAAUGGGAAGUGAAAAGCCCUUGUCAUCACCAUUCAUAUUCAUAACCUUCCUUAGUUUGAUGGUAUUCUACCAAACUCACUCUGCAACGGACCAUAAUCAACACUGUCCCUCUUCUUCCUGCGGCAAUAUCAACAACAUAAGCUACCCUUUCCGACUGGAAACCGACCCAACUUAUUGCGGAGAUCUAAGGUACAAUCUUUCCUGCGAGAAUAAUAUCAGCACUGUAUUAUACUUGAAUUCCGGAAAAUACUAUGUCCAGGCAAUCAAUUACAAUAACUAUACAAUCCGAGUGGUAGACUCCAAUCUUCACAAGGGUAGUUGCCCAUCUCUCUCUUAUCUGCAGCCUUUGACCGAAUAUAACUUCACUAGCGAUUUCCUAGUUGAAAGUGUUUACUUGGGUAGUUAUGGUACCCAAUCUAACUUCGGAUAUUAUUCAGAUUCAUAUAGGACCAAGGUACCUAGAAAAAGUGGGAGAGUUUGGUAUAGGUACUCACUUUCAGAGCCUAUUAUUUUCUUCAACUGUGAAAAUCCAGUGAAAUCUCCUCUUUAUAUACCAACUGCCCCAUGCAACAACAAUAGUAGCAGGGGGAUUAAUUCAUAUGUUAAGAUUGGUAGCACAUCUGAUUCGGAGUUGAUAGAUUCUUGCCGUAUAGAGAUGAUGGUUAUGAUCACGACACUGCGGGGAUCCCAAAAAAGGAACAAUGUUUCGUACUCUGAAAUCCUCAAUGAACUUGCAUACGGAUUUGAGCUCUCAUGGCUGCCAAGUUAUGGUAGAAGUGAUGAAGCUUAUACAUGCUAUGUUGAUGAUUCUAACAAAGUCCACUGUCCAUCUUGUAGGGAUUCCUGGGGAUUAAUAAAUCCUUCAUCAUGUGGGGUUUUGUCUGUGAUUCUCGCUUAUGUAGAAGGUAUGCUGGAAAUGGCCGAAGAAACAGUGCUACUGUUAACAAUAGCAAAACUCUUGAUGGGGAUUCCAUGUGUGGCUGUACUUUUAAUAUACAAAUGGCGAAAGCGGCAUUUAUCCAUGUAUAAUGUGAUUGAAGAAUUCUUGCAGAGCAACACAAACCUCAUGCCUAUAAGGUACUCAUACUCUGAAAUAAAAAGGAUGACAAAGGGUUUCAAGGAUAAAUUAGGUGAAGGAGGCUACGGUACUGUGUAUAAAGGAAAACUUCGUAGUGGUCGUUUUGUAGCAGUCAAAAUGUUGGGCAAAUCAAAGGCUAAUGGCCAAGAAUUCAUCAAUAAAGUAGCUACCAUUGGAAGGAUUCAUCACGUCAAUGUGGUGCAAUUAGUUGGUUAUUGUGUUGAGAGAUCAAAACGUGUUCUCAUCUAUGAUUACAUGUCUAAUGGGUCUCUUGAUAAAUACAUCUUUUCUCAAGAAGUUACAUCCUUAGAUGACAAGAAAAUGUGUGAAAUUUCACUUGGAAUUGCUUGUGGUAUUGAAUAUCUUCAUCAAGGAUGCAACAUGCAAAUUUUGCAUUUCGAUAUUAAGCCGCACAAUAUUCUUUUGGAUAAGAAUUUUACUCCCAAGGUUUCUGAUUUUGGACUUGCUAGAUUAUGCCCAUUAGACAAUAGCAUUGUGUCUCUCACUGCAGCAAGAGGAACCAUGGGAUACAUAGCUCCAGAGAUGUUUUACAAAAAUAUUGGACCAGUUUCUAACAAAGCCGAUGUGUAUAGCUAUGGAAUGUUAUUGAUGGAAAUGGCUAGUAGAAGAAAAAAUUUGAAUGUAGCUGCAGAGCACACAAGUCAAAUUUACUUUCCUUCGUGGGUUUAUGACCAAUUCAACGAAGGAUAUGACUUAGAAAUGGGAGAUGCAACAGAGGGUGAAUCCAAAAUAAGAAAGAAGAUGAUUGUUGUAGCACUUUGGUGUAUCCAGAUGAAGCCAAGUGACAGACCAUCAAUUAACAAAGUCAAGAAGAUGCUUGAAGGAGAAGUUGAUAGCUUACAAAUGCCUCCAAAGCCUUUUCUAUGUCCACAAGACAAGCCUGUGGAUGAUGAAGGGAAUAAGUCAAGUACAAGAUGCUCAACAAUAGAUUCAGAUGAUGAAUGAAGGGAUUUGUCUUAUUCUAGAUGCAAAAGGAAGAGUUAUUGUUGGAAAGGGGAUGAUAGAUCCUCAAGCUAAUCCUUCUAUAAAUGAUAGAUCCUCAAGCCAAUCCUUCUCAAAUCAAUAAAUUAAUGUUAUUAUUAGUCUUA